UGUACAGGGCCUCAGAUUCCCCAGGGCCGGCCCUGUCUUGUUGCUUCCUUUCACGGGUGAAUCACUCCCUCUUUUCUCCUUCCAAUUCUUUCCUUCCCUUCUCUUUUCCUUGUUCUUGUUGCUUCCUUUCACGCGUGAAUCACUCUCUCUUUUCUCCUACCAAUUUCUUUCCUUUUAUAUUCUCUUUGUUACUCUGUUUUUUCUCAUUCUGAGUUUCUCCCCCAUGGCUGAUGUCUCUUCUUUCUCCUCUCUGCUUUCAUGUUUUCUUCCUCUCUCUCUCACUCACUGAGACACGUCUUUUUUUUUUUUUUUUCUUCUCCUCUCUCAUUCCCUUCUUUUCUAUCGCUUCUUCUCUCUGAUUCUCUCUCAUUUUCCUUUUCUGCUUUGCUUCUCUCUCAUUUUACUUUUCUUCUCCGUCUUCUCCUAUUUGGUUUGGCAGGGUUGCGGUUUUGAGUUCUUUUUUCGUUUUCAUAUCAGCUUAAAUUUUGGUCGGGUCAGAUUAUCGGAUUGGUUAUGGAUCUGCUUUUGAAGGAUCCAUCGGAUUAUCGGAUCGGAUCGGAUAUAAGCUGAUCCGCUCCAUCUUCGACCCGUUGGCAGGCGAUUCACGCCCUCUCUCUCCCGUCAGCUGUGAGUUCUUGUUUUCUACAUACACCCCCAGAUUGCUUGUGAAGUUAGUUUCAUAUUCCUUUCAUACCAUCUCCAAUUGAAUUUGGCACAAAGUUAGUCUCCAAGUCCAAGCCAAUGUCAUCGAGUUCAUCUGUUGCUCGGUGGAAAUAUGAUGUAUUUUUGAGUUUUAGCGGUGAAACACGCAACAAUUUUACAGCGUUUUUACAUGAAAGAUUGCUAGAGCAAGGAAUUACAAAAACUUUCUUGGAUGAAGAAGAACUUCAAAAAGGAAGACGGGUUUCUGAACUCUUCACAGCGAUUGAACAGUCGAGACUUGCAAUCGUUGUGAUCUCUCCAAAUUACGCUUCUUCAAAAUGGUGUAUGAAUGAACUUUUGGAGAUUCUUAAAUGCAUGGAAAAGAGAGGUGCAGUUCUACCAAUUUUUUACUCUGUGGAGCCCUCCGAUGUUGGGAAGCGAUUGGGGGAUUUCGGGAAAGCUUUCACUGUACUUGAGCAAAGGUUCAAGGAUGAAGAAGAGAUGCUGGAACGAUGGAGAGUUGCUUUAACAAUAGUGGCAAAAAUCAAAGGGUGGACUUCAAAGGAUAGGAAUUGCAGGUGGAAAAAUGCCAGAAAUUUAUGUCAUGCCUUGAAACUUGUCUUUUCUUCUUGUAGAUAUCAACCACAUCUCAUCAAAGAAAUUGUUGAAAAGGUACGGAUUGAAGUAGGCCCUACAUCAUUGGAGCCAGCAGAAAAACUGGUUGGAAUUGAUUCAAAAUUGGAGGAACUAGAUUUGCUUUUAGAUACAGAGUCAAUGGAUGUUCACUUUAUAGGGAUAUGGGGGAUGAGUGGGAUAGGUAAGACAACCAUUGCCAGAAAAGCUUAUGAGAGGAUUCUUCAUAAAUUUGAAGUCAAAAGCUUUUGCGAAAGAGUUAGAGAAGUUUCUAAAGCACAUGGUCUAGACGAUCUACAGAGAAAGCUUUCCAAUAACCCCGUGCAUCGAAAUAGAGAAGACUGGAACAAUGAUGAAGAAGCCAGAAUGAGACAUUUCUUCAGGGGAAGAAAGGUUCUUUUCAUUCUUGAUGAUGUGAACGAUCAGAGUCAGUUAAAAAAGUUGUGUGGAAGCCCAACUUGGUUUGGUCAAGGGAGUAGAAUCAUUAUUACAACUACAAAUGAACAAGUGCUAAUUUUACAUGGUGUAGAAAGAAGAUAUGAGAUGCAGGGGCUAAAUGACGAUGAUGCUCUUAAACUUUUUAGCUUGAGAGCCUUUAAAACAGAUUAUCCGCUAGCAAUUCAUAUGGAUCUGUCUAAACGUUAUGUGAAUUGUGCCAAUGGCCAUCCAUUAGCUCUUGAAGUCUGGGGAUCUCUUGUGCAUGAAAGAGGUGAAGAUGCAUUAAGCAGUCAAUUGUGUAAAAUGGAGGAUGAUUUAAAUCGAGAAAUUAUGAAUCCACUUAAAGUAGGUUACGAGGGAUUAGAUAAAUAUGGGAAAGAUGUUUUCCUUGAUAUUGCAUGUUUCUUUAAAGGAAAAUACAAAGAUCGAGUAGUUGAAAUACUAAAGGGUUGUGGCUUUCAUCCAGAUAUUGACAUAGAUGUCCUUGUGAAGAGGUCACUAAUAACAAUUUCAGAUAACAUGGUGUGGAUGCAUGAUUUGUUACAAGAAUUGGGUCGAGCAAUUAUUCGUCAGCCAUCUCAAGAGCCUGGUGAACAUAGCAGGCUGUGGCUUUCUGGGGACAUUUUUCAUGUUUUGAGCAAAAAUACGGGGACAGCAGCAGUUGAAGGUAUUGUCCUAGAGAAAUUGGAAUCUAAAGUGGUACAAUGCCAUCCUGAAGCUUUUUCUAAGAUGAUUAAUCUUAGAUUGCUCAAACUUCAUAAUGUGCACCUUCCGAAUUAUCUCAGAUGUCUUCCUAAUUCAUUGAGAUUUCUGAAGUGGAAAGGUUUCCCUUUAAAUUCUCUCCCUCUAGAUUUCGAACCGGGUAAUCUUGUUGAACUCAACAUGUGUCAUAGUAGCAUUGAACAACUUUGGACUGGAACAAAGAAUUUUGACAAGUUGAAAGUCAUCAAACUUAGUCAUUCAAAAAGUUUGACUAAAACCCCAGAUUUCGAAGGGUUCCAAAAUCUCGAGAGAUUAGAUCUUGAGGGAUGUGAAAGUCUAGUUGAGAUUCACUUUUCCGUAGGAGUUCUAAAAAAGCUUACUUUCUUGAAUCUUAAAGAUUGCAAAAGUCUUGAGCUUCUUCCAGAUGAGAUUGAAAUGGAAUACCUUGAAGUUCUUGUUCUUUCUGGUUGUUCUAGUGUUAAAAAGAUUUCUAAUUUUGUGGAACCUAUGGAGCAUUUAUGGAAGCUUUCUUUAGAUGGGACUGCUAUUGAAAGUAUACCUUCAUCAAUUGAACAUUUGACUAGCCUUUCUUCAUUGGAUUUGAGAGAUUGCAUCAAUCUGAAUUGUCUUCCGAGUACGAUUGGCAAGUUGCAGUCUCUUAAAUUUCUUAAUGUUUCUGGGUGCCCAAAACUUGCCAAAAUGGCAACAAGCUCUAAAAGGAAACGGGGAAUGGGUGGAACUGCUGAAGAAUGGCCGUCUUCCUUUGGCCUUCUGGGAAACCUUGAAUCAUUUUUUUUUCGUGGACCCAAAGGGCUAUCACAGCAAUCAUGGUAUAUGUCCCUUCUUUUUCAAAUAUUUCCAAUGAAGAGCCUUCAGCCUAUGAGGCCAUUCUUGCCUCCUUUAUCAGGACUCCUUUCUUUAAAAGAAUUAGAUUUAAGUGAUGGAAAUCUUUUGGAAGGAGCAAUCCCCAGUGAUAUUGGUUGCUUGCCCUCUUUAGUAUCAUUGAACUUAAGUGGAAACAAUUUUCUUAGUCUUCCUACAAGCAUUGGCCAACUUUCUAACCUUGAGAAUUUAUACUUGAGUCGUUGCAAGAGGCUUCGACACCUUCCAGUCCUUUCAUCAGAAGUAAAUUUAGAAGUAACUGCAGAUGGUUGUACUUCACUAGAAUUGCUGCAAUCUCCAUCGAAUUUGGACAGAGUGAAUUCGUCAGGUUUCAAUUUCAUCAAUUGCUUUGGAAUGGUUAAGAAAGAAAGCUACGAUCAUGUAACAUGUACCAUGCUCCAAAGAUACCUUAAGAGAGUCUCUUAUGCUGCAGGAGAUAGAUAUGAAAUUGUAAUUCCUGGAAGUGAAAUUCCUUGGUGGUUCCCUCAUCAAAGAAUGGGAUCUUCAACAACUGUUGAGCUAACGCCGCAUUGGCGUGAUACUAAGUGGAUGGGAUAUGCUCUGUGCGCUGUUUUUCAAGUUUUCGGCAGUGGGUGGGAUCUUUCUUGUGUUUUGGAAGUCAACGGAAAAGAACAGUACCCUGCACCUCUAUUAUCAACUGAUGUCCAGCCCAAGUCAGAUCAUGUUUGGCUAUUCUAUGUGUCUCGUGAUAUAAGCUUUGGUACAGAGUGGCAAAACAGCAAUUGCAAUCAGUUACUAUUUUCUUUCAAAAGCUCAGGCUCCUGCUUGGUGAAGAGGUGUAGCGCCCGUUUGGUAUACGAGCAAGAUGCAGAAGAGUUCAACCAAAUAGUGACCCAGUCCAGUAGCAACAUUGAUGGAGAAGGACCUAGUGGAAGUGGUAGAUUGGGGAGUAUCUUGGCCAGCUUGGCCAAUAAGUUUCGGAUCCCUCACUUCUAAUUUUCACCGUCUCCUUUUUUUUUUUUUUUUUUGGUACAGUGGCUGCACCGGUGCCUUGUAUUUUAAAAUUCAAGAAACAUAAGGAAAAAACUGGAGUAGGAGGAGGCUCCUUUCUUUUGUUUUGCUUA